AUGUCCUUCGUGCAAGGCCCCAACGGCGAGCAAGUCAUCCCCAUCAAGAUCGACGGCCUCGCCCUCCCAGUCGACAACUCCCGCCUCAUCCCCGUGGAAUCAGUCUCCCAGGGCAAAGUCAUCCACUACGCCCACAGCGCCACGCCCGAAAUCGCCAUGCUGGCCGCUGAUUCUUCCCAGCGAGCCUUUCUCAAGUGGAAGACGACGACGCAUAUCCAGCGAAGAGACCUUCUUCUUCGCACGGCUGAUGUUAUUGACUCCUGGGUCGACCGCUUCAUCGAGGUGCAGAUCGCCGAGACGGCAUGUCCUGAGGGCUGGGCCCGGUUCAACGUGGGCAAUCUGACGCGUGGUAUGCGCGAGAUUGCUUCGCACAUCUCGCACAUGGCGACAGGGGAGCUGCCGCCUCUGGAGGUGCCUGGAUCGCUCGUCUUGGUGUACAAGGAGCCUGUCGGUCCCGUCCUCGUCAUCCCGCCUUGGAACGGGGCCAUGGUCCUCAGCGGCCGUGGAAUGGCCGCUCCCAUUGGUGCUGGCUGCUCCGUCGUGCUCAAGGCAUCUGAGCUGUGCCCGCGAACGCACCACCUCAUCGUCCAGGCCUACGAGGAGGCCGGUAUGCCCAAGGGCCUAAUCAACAUUGUUCAAGCGGCCCGCGAGGAUGGGCCUGCUGUCACCGAGGCCCUGAUUGCCCAUCGAUCGGUUCGCAAGGUCGAAUUCAUCGGCAGUGCUGCAGUCGGCCGCAUCAUCGGCCAGCUCUCCGCCAAGUAUUUGAAGCCUGUGCUGAUGGAGCUCGGCGGAAAGGCGCCCGCGAUUGUUCUCAAGGACGCUGAUGUGAAGCACGCGGCGGGCAAGAUCAUCCAGGGCAUGAUUAUGCACCACGGCCAGAUCUGCAUGUCCACCGACCGCAUCGUCGUGGUGGAGGAUGUCGCAGAGGAGCUCAUCGGCGAGCUCAAGACGGCUCUUGCUACCACCUUCGCGGGCAAGCAGGGCGUCGCUGUGUCGAAGAAGCAGGCAAAGAGGGGACAGGAUCUGCUGCUCAGAGCUCAGACUGCUGGAGCGCGCUUCAUUGUCGGCGAUGCCAGUCUAAAUGCCGAGGGGACAGGUCUGACUCCCACCAUUGUCACCGACGUGAAGAGCACUGAUGAGAUCUUCCACGAGGAAAUAUUUUCUCCUGCUGCUAUUCUGACGAUCGUCAAGGACCAGGCUGAGGCCAUCCAGGUUGCGAAUGAUACGACCUACGGCCUGAACGCCGCUGUGCACAGCCGAGAUGUUCUCAAUGCCCUGCGUGUAGCCAAGCAGAUUGAGGCCGGACAGGUUCACAUCUGCGAGACCACGGGCUACGACGAGCAGACUCUGCCUAUUGGAGGUACAAAGGACAGUGGUUGGGGAAGGAAUAAUGGCAAAUACGGGCUUGCUGAGUUUCUGGAGGAAAAGACGAUCUCGAUCCACGAUCCUUCUGUGAGCAAGAACCGUUUUGGAGAUGAGAAAUGA